GCGGCCAGGCGCCACGAACACCGGGUCGCGCGCGCACGCACCACGCAAACACGCGGGCACACCGACGACGCACACGUGAAAAACAAACAAUAAUAAUAUUUCCUGUCCGGCCGCCGCCGUAGUCCCUUAACGGAGUCCACCUCCGCGGCCGUGUCACAGUCAGUUCAGACGCAUCAGCCGCUGCCAGCGAGUGCUGGGCCAUGUCACCGCGGUCGUCGCCGACAUCUGGCGUCCGUCGACGCCGGACCGGCGACCGCCGUCCGUCCGUGUCACCGCCGCCACGUGCUGCAGGCUACCGGCCGCCGGAAUAAAACCGCCCCCAACGGAAUAUUCGUUUAAUUAUUUCUUAAACAAGACCGCCCACCAGAGCAAUUUACUCGCCGUGAUGGCGGCAGCGAACCAAAUGGACCAACAGUAAAACCAACGAUAAUAGUCACAGAUUUUUUUCCACCGCACAAGACAACGGCAUAGAGACCGUACGGUGACGAUGUUUGGUCAACGAACGAGCACUGCUUUAAUGUGAUACCGACACCGGUCGACGAUGGAUUUGGACGCAGACGAAGUGGAGCGAUGGUUAUGCGAGAGAGCACCGCAGGACUUGGUGGAACGAGUGGUCAGGGCGCGGCUCCAGCACCGUGCCGGCUCGUUGUCGGUCGGCCGGGCCAAACGCGCAUCCAUGACAUCCGAAAUGUUCAAUACAUGGCUGGCAUCUUCGCCGAUCAAACGGGCCAAGUCCCCAAACAGGGCGACAAGAAGCAGCGGGGAGUGGAGACAUCACUUGGGGCUUUUGGACGAAGGGGAAUUAUUCAUGGAGCUCAUUCGGGACGUGUCCAACGAACUAGACAUCGACGUGCUUUGUCACAAAAUACUUGUCAACGUUGGACUAUUGACCAGAGCCGACCGGGGCAGCUUGUUCCUGGUCAGGGGCAAACAGCUAGUAGCCAAGUUGUUCGAUGUUACCGUAGACACAGAACUUACUGAUGCGGUACACAAGGCGAAAACUGAAGAAAUCCAAAUACCGUUCGGCGUUGGAGUGGCCGGAACCGUUGCGGAAACCAAACAAGUUGUCAAUAUAAAAAACGCGUAUCAGGAUCCGCGGUUCAACCGAGAAAUUGAUCACCGGACGGGCUAUACGACAAACCUGAUACUGUGCGUGCCGAUUUGCAACUACGACAACGACGUGAUCGGCGUGGCUCAAAUAAUCAACAAGACUGACGGCAGCAAUUCGUUUACCGAGCACGACGUCGAGAUAUUCCAGAGGUACUUGACGUUCUGCGCAAUCGGAAUACAAAAUGCUCAACUGUUUGAAAAAUCUAUUCAAGAAUUCCAAAGGAAUCAGAUGUUAUUGGGUUUAGCCCGAAGCAUAUUCGAAGAACAAAACAACCUGGACUGUUUGGUUUCUAAAAUCAUGACCCAAGCCCGAGAUCUGAUAAAAUGCGAACGAUGCGUGGUCUUCCUGUUGGACUUGGAAUGCGAAGAAGCUAGCCAUUUAGAACACUUCGGAGCCAAGCCGGGAAAUCAUUCCAUCGAGAAAAACUUGUCGAAUAAAAAAAGCACCGAUACGUUGGCCGAAGACGGUCCGCCUUUUUCCAGGCCACAAAAGGAAAUCAAAUUUACAACGGCUUUCGAGUUGGACCGGGAACACGGUGUGAAAAAAAUGAACAAAAACGUCAAGCCGUCCAAGCUGCUUCAAAUAGCGCACGGGGUGGCCAAUUCGGUUCAGGUUUCCAACAUACCGGACGUGCAAUUGUGGGCCAAUUCUUUGGAUCGACAGCGGAGCGUCGAAAGCGACGACGGCAUCGACGUCAACGAACCGUCCAUCAAAGCUAUACUGUGCAUGCCCAUUUUAAACGGCAAAAAAGAGGUGAUCGGCGUGGCACAGCUAAUAAACAAGGAAACCGGCACGCCGUUUACAGAAUGCGACGUAGCCACGUUCGAAGCGUUUGCGAUUUUCUGCGGUCUUGGCAUUCACAACACGCAAAUGUAUGAAAGUGCAUGCAAACUAAUGGCAAAACAAAAAGUAGCCUUGGAAUGUUUGUCGUACCACGCCACCGCGUCCGUCGACGAUACGAUUAAACUGGCCCAGGACACCAUACCGUCGGCCGAAACUUAUAAUUUAUACAGUUUUAAAUUCAUCGAUUUCGAUUUGACGGACGACGAUACGUGCAAGGCUACCAUCAGGAUGUUCCUGCAGUGCAAUCUGGUGCAGCAAUUUCAAAUUCCAUACCACGUGCUCUGCAAAUGGGUGCUUAGCGUCCGGAAAAACUAUAGGCCCGUAAAGUAUCACAACUGGAGGCAUGCACUGAAUGUGGCACAGACCAUGUUUGCAAUGUUGAAAACCGGCAAAAUGGAAAGGUUUAUGAGCGAUUUGGAAAUUUUGGGUUUGCUGGUAGCGUGCUUAUGCCACGAUCUCGACCACCGUGGCACCAACAACGCGUUUCAAACGAAAACCGAGUCGCCGCUCGCCAUCCUUUACACCACCAGCACAAUGGAGCACCACCAUUUCGACCAGUGCGUGAUGAUCCUGAACAGCGACGGCAACAAUAUAUUUCAAGCGCUCUCGCCGGAGGACUACCGCAGUGUAAUGAAAUUGGUGGAGAACUCGAUAUUGUCCACGGACUUGGCCAUGUAUUUCAAAAAGAAAAGCCGGUUCAUGGAGGUGGUCGAAAACGGAGAGUUCGAUUGGCAGAGCGAAGAGAAAAAGGCCCUGUUGUGCGGUAUCCUGAUGACCGCGUGCGACGUGAGCGCCAUAGCAAAACCUUGGGAGGUACAGCACAAGAUGGCAAAACUCGUGGCCGACGAAUUUUUCGACCAAGGCGAUUUGGAAAAACUACAGCUCAACCAACAGCCGGUGGCUAUGAUGGACAGAGAAAAGAAAGACGAACUGCCCCAAAUGCAAGUAGAGUUCAUCGACGUCAUAUGUCUGCCGUUGUACAAAGUUCUGUGCGACACGUUCCCGUGGAUCACGCCGUUGUACGAGGGCACGUUGGAAAACCGCAAACACUGGAAAGACCUGGCCGAGAAAGUCGAAAUGGGAUUGACGUGGAUCGAUCACGACAAAAUCGAAAUACCCGUUGAAGAAUUUUUUACUCACCGUCCAAGUACCAAGGACAUUGAGUUUACCGUAACUACGUUAAAUAAAACACAAAAUUCCACGAAGAAAGCCAAUACAAAAAGUCUCGACCUCAAUAUCGAUACCACGACUUUCCAACGGAACGGCGCCAAGUUUUCCAGUUACCGGAAAAAGCCGACCACCAGCCGGUCGUUCAGGAACCGGGUUAGCAGGUCUCUGUACAACAGCAGUGGCGGCGGCGGCGGCGGUGGCGGUGGCGAUACCGGCGGCGGGGGUGGGUCUACCCUGGAACCCAGCGCGGACAGCGGCCACACGCCCGUGGCCGACGGCCGGCCACAGAUGAUAAGUUCGGCCUCUCUGCCGGCGUUUACCUCGCCCGCGUCCACGCCCGGUUACACAAAGCCGCCUGCAUCGACGCCGGUGACGGCCACUCCGGUGAAAAACAAAAACAAGUAUUGUCAAGUCCUGUGAUAAAGGCUGGUUAUAAUAUUAUAUUAUGUAUAUAAACUAGAUCGUUACUCAGUCAGAAAUGGCAAAACCCCCGGGGGUGUUUUUUAGGGCCCAACACCCUACACUGACUGGGGUUAAACCCCUCUCCUCCCACCGAAAACCCCAUCGGUUUUUUUUUUGUAGGUUUAGGUUUUUUUGCCAACCAACUAUUCGUCCAACACUGACAUGACAGAUUUAAUGUACAUAAUAUUUUGGACAACCAUAGUAUUCUAAAGUUGUAAAAUUGUUUUUUUUUAUUUUUAUAACAGAAGUUGUUUUAAACGUAACAACCCUGUUGCUAGUUGACCGUGAUACACUAUAUUUUUAUGUAAUUAUAAUGGAAUAGUAAUAAUAUGUAAUAAUUAUUAGAAAAUAUCUACUAUAUUAUUAUGCUAUGUACGCCCUAGAACGGCUUUGGCAGUAUUUACCCUGUAAGUUGAUGUCAAAAUACAAACAAAGGAAUACAAAAGAGACAUUUAAAAAUUAUGUACACCUAAUUGUUUUUAAAUGUCAUUUUUAUUGUUUUACGUUUUAUAAACGCUGUAAUAGCUAUUCUAGAACAUACGGUAAUGUGUAUAUGAAUAUUUUAAUUAUUUGUUGUUAUGGUCGGUCCCGAUUUAUUAUUAUUUUUAAACCAUUAUUAAGUAUUAUGUAUUACCAAAUUAAAUCGUUGUUAUAUUAUAUAGUAUAUAUUAUAUAUAUUGUCUAAAUUAAUAUAAUGUAGAUAUAGAAGUAUUAUUAUGUUAUAGUAAUACUUAGAAAAGUCUGUUGUCCCGAUUAACUUACUUACGCUAUGUACAUUUGUUUGAUUUUUUUUUUUAGAUCUAAAUGCUUUAUUGUUUUAUAUUUUACUGUCCCUCGUUUAAGCUAUUCGUAAGUACGACAAAAUAACAUGUAAUUUUUCAUUGUAAUAUUUUAUCGUUUAGUGUGUUUAUUAUUUUAGUUACUAUUUCAUUUUGAAGUACUACUUAUGACAUUAUAGGAUGUCGCGUAUUUGUCACGUUUAACUAGUUUCUUUAAGAGAUUUAUAAAAAAAAAAUCGUGGUCUCUCGAGCUCGAGACAUUACCAACUAAGUGUAAGAAAUACAAAAAUGAGUAGAGUACAAUAAUUUGUAAUUACAAGUAUGGUCGGUAUUAACAUAGUAGUUACCGACCAAAUAUAUAAUUAAAUAUUUUAAAUAAUCAGUUUCAAUCCGAUUUGUUUGCAUAUAACUCAUGCGUUUUGAAGUAUAGAUUUUAGAAUGAUUUCUGAUAAUUUGUAAAAUUUAUUUUUAAUCGCAUUCGUGUUGAUUUUUCGACCAUUAUUCAAUUUAAUCAGCGAAGUCACUUUUACCACGUCGGUUUACAAUCUUCUAGUCUAUCAAUACAAAUAUUAUAUUGUUAUUAUAAUCACACGACUUCGUUUUACUUAAUUGCAAUAAAAUUUAACAAUCGUUGUACAUUACGACCUUAAUUAAGUAUAUUUUUUGUAACAAUAAAAAUAACAACAUUACUAUUGUGAUAUUAAUUAGUUUUAUCUAAGUAGAUUUAGAAUUUUAAUACUUCCUUGUUGUAUUGUGUAAUAUUAUUUUUGUCUUAUUAUAAAUAAAAUAAUUGUUAUUAUU